GCUGCAACUUGCGACGACGCUUAGUAGUCGCCUUAGCUGUCCUUAGUUGACAAUCGCUCUCCAAGGAGCGAGAGAGCUCGGAAUACAGAGACCCGGUUAUAAGACAGCAUCGUAGCGUUGGCCCGAGUCUCCCGCAGUUCGGACGCGGCCGGCGGACACUCUCGUCGCACUCAAGCCUUCCUUUGACAGUUGAACUUCCGAUUGAGCGACCUGACGCAUGGCGAUUUCGAGUUCCAGACGUGUAAAGGCUGCCAACAAAGCGUCUCCCGAAAAGAUCGCCUCUGUGGCUGGUUUAACAGGAAAGGUGACCCUCGGGACCAACGAGUUCACAGUACGCGUCGACCAUGGUUCCACCUUAGCUUCCGACGAUACCAUCCGGGACGCUAUCUGGGCUCUGUGGGAGGCAAAUAUGAGAGAAAUGACGGUACCGUCCUCGUUUGGCUGGAACCCCACUGAAAAGAAGAAGGAGCUUUUCCACCGCCAUUCUAGACAUAUCCUUUUGUUACGUGAAGAUGCCAACCCGCAGGCGGGAGAGAAGGAUCCAGAGAUAAUUGCAUUUGCGCACUUCCGUUUUGAACAUGAAGAUGAUGAAGAUCUGCUCUACUGCUAUGAGCUACAAGUCGCGGAUGCCUUCAGACGUCGUGGUAUUGGUCGCUUCAUAGUGGAGAAACUGGCCAUGAUUGGGAAGCAUUGGCGCAUGCAGAAGAUCAUGUUGACUGUCCUAAAAGAGAACGAAUCAGCCCGUCAUAUGUAUGCCAAGCUAGGGUUCAUCCUAGAUCCUUGUUCUCCGGACGACGAAUGCGAGCUCGAAGGUCAGGAGAACACCACAGAGGAAGACAGGCCUCAUAUAGAUUAUGAGAUAUUAUCAAAGGAUUUGUAGCAUAUUUUUAAUGGAGCA